CUAUUUACAGCCUUCGGUUCUUGCGGAGAGAAGAGAAGCAAAGCAUUUCAUUUGUGAGUAUUUACAUUACAUUAUCCAGCGAACAUUUUGUGAAUAAGAGAAGCAAAGCAGAAGAUCAGAGAAUUCAAUGACAGGUUUUGCAGAGAGAUCAGAAGGUGUUACUCUCGAAGGGUUGAGGAAGAGAAUGGCGGAGUUUGCAAAGGAAAGGGACUGGGAUCAAUUUCAUAGCCCUAGAAAUCUCCUUCUGGCUCUGGUGGGAGAAGUGGGAGAGCUGUCCGAGAUAUUCCAGUGGAAGGGGGAGGUUCCAAGUGGACUGCCCGAUUGGAAAGACGAAGAGAAGGAACACCUGGGUGAAGAGCUUUCGGACGUACUGCUUUACCUUGUUAGGCUCUCUGACAUAUGUGGCGUUGAUCUUGGUAAAGCUGCUCUCCGUAAGCUGGAACUCAAUGCCAUUAAAUACCCAGUCAAGCUCUGCAAGGGCUCCUCCAAAAAGCCCACGCAAAUCAACGUGCCAGACAACAACGAUGGUAGUUCUAAUGGUGGCGUUACGGCCAUCAGCAACAGUGACAGCAAAAGCCGCAGUGAUGGUAUUCUAGCUUAACUUGUCUUGAAUGAGGAUGUGGGUGCUAUUGCAAGCCACAACAAGGCCAAGUGCUAAGCAGCUUUUACCAGAACAAACUUUGCCGGCUUCCUGCGUGGUAGAAGCAUGUAGGCCAUGUGAUUCAUGCAAGCAACUCAUGGAUGUAAACUGCAGUGCACCGCCACCAUCCAUUGCAUCCAAUUGUGGGACUAUAGUUUGUACAAAACAGACUGUAAAAAAAAUCAUCAUUUAAAACAGUGCCCCUUUGUCGGAAAUGGGCAAGGACUAGUUUCUUAGUUCAAAAUCCGUUUUAUUUUUUAUUUCACUACACUUGUUUUAAUGAGAUGUUAGUUAGAGAAUCUCACCCCUCCUCAUAUAUCUUGAUAACAUGAUAAGGUGCUUGGAUUGGAUAA